UGUGCCAGUUACGUUGGCUGUCCCGAGAGGAACUCACCCUUUCAAAUAUCUGAUGAUGUGAUCUGUUUUAGGUGUGUAGCAUUUUAAGACUACAUGAGAAAGUGACAUGUGUUAACAAUGUCCGACGGGUCGGGUACACCCCAUCUCUCCCAGGCUGAGUGUCUGAAAGAACGCAAAUGGUGGUGUUUCCUCCUAUCCAGUAUCUUCACCUUCUUAGCUGGGAUUUUCAUAGUUUUGAUAUGGCGGGCCUUCUCCUUCCUCUGCUGUCGCAACAAAGAUGCGUCGGAAUUCCAAAAGCAACAGGAGAAAGAGAAGCUCCUCGCACAGCAGGGGGGGCUCGCUCCAGGCCAGCCCAAGCCCAAGAACCUGAUGGAGGGCAACUUCGUCACAGAAGCCAAGGACUGGGCUGGAGAGCUCAUCUCGGGCCAGACCACUACCGGCAGAAUCCUGGUCGUGCUGGUGUUCAUCCUCAGUAUUGCUUCCCUCGUCAUCUACUUCAUCGAUGCAUCAAAGGACGGCGUGGAGCAUUGUCAGCCCUGGAGCGCUAACACCACGCAACAAAUAGACUUAGCCUUUAAUAUAUUUUUCAUGGUCUAUUUUUUUAUACGUUUUAUAGCAGCAAGUGAUAAGCUGUGGUUCAUGCUGGAGAUGUACUCCUUCGUUGAUUACUUCACUAUCCCCCCAUCCUUUGUCAGUAUAUAUCUAGACAGAACGUGGAUAGGGUUACGAUUCCUACGAGCCCUCCGCCUCAUGUCAGUACCGGAUAUCUUGCAGUACCUGAAUGUCCUUAAGACAUCGUCCAGCAUCCGGCUGGCACAGCUCUGCUCUAUUUUCAUCGCAGUUUGGCUCACUGGUGCCGGCAUCAUCCAUUUGCUGGAAAAUUCUGGUGACCCUCUAGAUUUCCAGAAUGCUCAACCACUAUCGUACUGGACUUGUGUGUACUUCCUCAUUGUCACUAUGUCCACAGUGGGCUAUGGUGAUGUAUACUGUCAUACAGUUUUUGGAAGAACGUUCCUUGUCUUCUUCCUCCUUGUUGGCUUGGCAAUAUUCGCAAGCUGUAUCCCUGAAAUUAUAGACCUGGUUGGGACUAGAUCCAAGUACGGCGGAACACUCAAGAACGAGAGGGGAAGAAGACACAUAGUGGUGUGUGGCCAUAUCACCUACGAGUCUGUCAGUCAUUUUCUGAAAGACUUCUUACAUGAGGACCGAGAAGACGUGGAUGUAGAAGUUGUGUUUUUACACAGAAAGCCGCCGGAUCUGGAGCUAGAAGGAUUAUUUAAGCGACACUUCACUACUGUAGAGUUCUUCCAGGGAUCCAUAAUGAGUCCCAUAGACCUACAACGUGUCAAGGUCCAUGAAGCCGAUGCGUGCCUAGUCCUGGCCAACAAAUACUGCCAAGAUCCUGAUGCUGAGGAUGCUGCCAACAUCAUGAGAGUCAUCUCCAUCAAAAAUUACUCUGAUGAUAUCAGAGUCAUCAUUCAACUCAUGCAGUAUCACAAUAAGGCCUAUCUGUUAAACAUUCCUUCUUGGGACUGGAAAAGAGGUGAUGAUGUUAUUUGCUUAGCUGAGCUCAAAUUAGGAUUCAUUGCACAGUCAUGUUUAGCUCCAGGUUUUUCUACAAUGAUGGCAAAUCUUUUUGCCAUGAGAUCUUACAAAACUUCACCAGAUAUGCAGGCUUGGCAGAACGACUACCUCUGUGGUACGGGUUGUGAAAUGUACACGGAGACCUUGUCACCCUCCUUCGUGAGCAUGACUUUUCCUCAGGCGUCAGAACUCUGCUUCUCCAAACUAAAACUACUUUUAUUAGCUAUUGAAGUUAAGAAUGAAGAGGGGACAGAUAGCAAGAUUGCAAUCAAUCCAAAAGCCACUAAGAUUCAACCUAACACACAAGGAUUUUUCAUUGCUCAAUCUGCAGACGAAGUGAAAAGAGCCUGGUACUACUGCAAAGCAUGCCAUGACGACAUUAAAGAUGAGACCCUCAUCAAAAAGUGCAAAUGUAAAAACUACAUCGGAAAUUUGCUUCAAGCAAGUGGUUUCAUGAAGAACUUUAUGCCCCUCGUGGUGGAAAGCGGGCCGGGGAGCGAGGAUAAGUCAGAUAUUGACUCAGAACUCUACCAAGUUACUUACACCCCUCCCGAACUUCCAAAGCGUCUUCUUAACAACUCCAGAGGCGACAAGGUGCCCGUCAGAGAUGGAAUUGCCAACCAGAAUAGUGGACAGCCCUUGGUGAAUGCGGCUAAAACCUUGACAGCGGCCAAGAAGAAUGGUGGCCGACCGACAGAAGCUCUUACGUCUCCGAGCCAGGGCUACAACCGGUCAGUGCCUCAGCAAGACAGGCUGACAGAGGACAACACGUACAGCUAUCACCUCAGCUACGAGGUCAAGAAACUCAUGCCCACAAGCAGAAGCAGUGGUGGUGGUAAUGGUGGUACCAACAAUGGCCUAACAGUAGGAAUUGCCGACGAUCAGGCCAAAGACUUUGACUUUGAAAAAACUGAAAUGAAGUAUGAUUCCACGGGGAUGUUCCACUGGUGUCCGGCCAGGUCUCUAGAAGACUGCAUACUGGACCGUAACCAAGCGGCAAUGACUGUGUUAAAUGGUCAUGUUGUAGUGUGCCUCUUCGCAGAUCCAGAUUCUCCGCUAAUAGGGCUUCGCAAUCUGGUGAUGCCUCUCCGAGCCUCCAAUUUCCACUACCAUGAGCUCAAGCAUGUGGUCAUAGUGGGAUCAGUAGAUUAUAUUAGAAGAGAAUGGAAGAUGCUCCAGAAUCUCCCAAAGAUAUCUGUGCUAAAUGGAUCACCGCUGAGUCGUGCAGAUUUAAGGGCUGUGAAUGUUAAUCUUUGCGACAUGUGCGUCAUACUAAGUGCUAAGGUACCCAGCAAUGAUGAUCCAACGCUAGCUGAUAAGGAAGCUAUCCUUGCCUCUUUAAACAUCAAAGCUAUGACUUUCGACGAUACCAUCGGUGUUCUAAACCAAAAUCCCAGUGGAGGUGGUGACACGCUGAGUCCACUGGGUUCUCCCAUAGUCCUCCAACGACGUGGAUCUGUCUAUGGGGCUAAUGUGCCUAUGAUCACGGAACUCAUCAACGAUAGCAACGUGCAGUUCCUUGAUCAGGAUGAUGACGAUGACCCAGAUACUGAACUCUACCUAACUCAGCCUUUUGCCUGUGGCACUGCCUUUGCUGUUUCUGUCCUCGAUUCUCUCAUGUCUACGACUUAUUUCAACCAGAACGCUCUAACACUCAUUCGUUCCUUGAUAACUGGAGGAGCAACGCCUGAGUUAGAACUCAUCUUAGCAGAGGGAGCAGGGCUACGGGGAGGUUACAGCACACCUGAAACUUUAGCCAACCGGGAUCGAUGUCAAGUAGGUCAAAUAUCCCUCUACGAUGGCCCACUUGGUCAGUUUGGUGAAGGUGGCAAGUAUGGUGAUCUCUUCUGUGCAGCACUACGGAAUUAUGGCAUGCUAUGUAUUGGCCUCUACAGAUUCCGCGACACAUCAAGUUCGUGUGACGCAUCGUCCAAGCGGUAUGUGAUAACCAACCCACCGGAUGACUUCACGUUGCUGCCCACUGACCAGGUGUUCAUCCUCAUGCAGUUUGAUCCCGGCCUUGAAUACAAGCCUAACCGAGGUGACAUGGCCAAGGAGGACAACUCCUGACUCCUCCUCUGUAGCGCCCUCACUGAUGGACCCUACUCCUACAUCUGAAGAGUCCAGCGCUGCACCGACACUACACCAACACCAUAACACACCACCCGCUCAUCAGCUGCUGCUGUCGUUCGCCAAUUGCUCAUAGUUGUGCAUCAGCGUUCGGCAGCUGCCACGUGCUGUGCCUCAGCCGUCCUCCCCACUACAGUCUCCCACCCUUGUCUCCUCCCCCCUUCCCCUCCACAGUAUUGACCUACAUUCCCUGUAGCAGCCCUCAUUUCCCUUAGUGGGUUUUUGGUCUAUUGUGUUCCAGAUGGUCCCAGCAGAAGAAGAGGUGUUGUACACCUCACUACAUGAGCAGGUGGCCCAUGUGUGCUUUGUCAGUCUUAGUUCAUAUGUGUUCAUGCUGUUCUGUAGUUGCUCAUUUUUCAAGAAGAGUGAAUUGACAAAUCUUUAAUUUAUGAUCUUUAACAUCUUUGUAUAUAUUGAUGGUUGAAUGAGUAUUCUUUGUGUGUUCUUCUCUACUUUUGUGUGGGAUCGCAGACUUUUGAAAUAGGGAAAUUCACAAUGUAACAGAAUGUUCCAACUAUGCAAAGUUGCUACCUUGACUCACUCGCUAGUGUCCCAGGUGGUUGGGCGUAGCUCCAUUGUUAGCCCUGAGUUUAGUUGCCCGUUGUAAGUCAGCCUGCACAUGCCCGGCUCACAGACACACCGGCCAAUGCAGCCGAACAAGUCACACCUGCAGCAAGUGCUCAUGUAUUCAGGGUCCUUCAAACUCCCCUGGACACGUGCCACAGACCAGUCUGAGGCAGUGCUCAUUUGAUCAUGUCAAGGCAAUGCAGUCGUAUGCUUGCAGUGAAUGGAGAAGCACUGGGCAACUGGUGCUGUGGUAUGGAUGGUCCAGGUCUGUUUGAGAGUGAGGAUGCUACAAUAGAAAGAUAACUAUUAAGCCUAUCUUUUUGAUGUAUUUUUUUGUAAUUUGUGGAAAGCAUGUAGGUAGAUGAAGUUGUCUUAAUUCAGUAACAAUUUCUUUUAUUGUCUUUGUUGUGUUCUUAUGAGAUAAUGUUUUGUUCAUAAGCAUUUAAUUUUUUUAUUUCCUCAUCUAACCAUUCAUUAUUGUUUUUAACCAGAUUUUAUAAAUUCUGGUAUUACAACCACAUUUUCACAAGCACUAUAUAGCCAGGGAUAGUUGUUCAGUAAGACUUAGGCCCAGACGUAUUUAAAUGCGAUUUGUUUAGAAGAGUGUGAAAAAUAAUGUGUUAUAGUUUUUUACUUAGUUGUGAUGAUACAUUGACAGAGUUUUCUGAUUAAUGCGUCAGUGUAAAUAAUAAAGAAUUCUUGUCUUACAAGAAGAAAUUGUCAAAAUGUGUGAAAUUGUCAAAAUGUGUGAGAAGUUGUAUUUCACUAAUCAAAAUUAAUGGCGCCAUGUCCGUGAGGUGCCAGGGUGCUGGGUCCUGUGGGUCCUGGGCCCAUUGUGGUCAUCCGUGGCUACUAGCACAACCACCUCCACUAGAAGACAGCAGCAGAAGCAGCAGCGAGGGCCAAAGACCUCCAUACACUUCUUAUGAUGGCUGAUCUUAUCAUAAGCUUUUUAACUCAGAGAAUUUUAAGUCAAGUCGUCACUACACAAAAUGCUGAGGAUCUAAGGUGGCCAUGUCAACUGGUGGUACACGAGUGCAUGUUUUACAAUAACUGUUUUGUUGAUUACAUAUCCUGAAAAGCGUGUGUUUUUAUCCAUGGUCUCAAUGAGGGGCCAAGUCCACUUUGAUCCACCAGUAUAUGGCUGUCUGUGGUCUCUUCUAGUGGUUGUGACCACUGGUGGCCCCCUUAGCUGAUAAUGAGGGUUUUCUCUUUAUCUUGCUGAGCCACAGUGACCCCUGUGAUCAUAUCCUAGUUGUAUGGUAUGCCAUUCCACUUUUUCUGAUGUUAACAUUAUCCUGUUUUGAUCCACAGUGUGCAAUGAUGUAUAAUAAUCCUGUUCCUACUUACAAUAACCUUAGGAACUUGGUCCAUAAUGGCCGUUGAUAUCAGUGAUAACACUCACUGAUUAUGCUUGAGUGUUAAUAUUCACCAGAGUGUCAUUAAUGUCUACUCAUGCAUAUUUUCUCCAGUCCUAAUAAAGCUGUGCUGCACGGAAGUAUCUGUGAACAUUGACAGUUGCUCAGCUAAGGUGAGGGCUUGACAUCCAUCACCACCAGCUGCAAUGGGAGUGAUUAGCGCAUGAGCCAACAGGAAGGACUCAAUAAGUGCUGCUGCUCUCUGGCUGCAACUGUGUUGUAAUUGCCUUACAAAUGCCAAGAGCUUAAUAAGUUUUUAUCUCUUCAAUCAUGGCUUAAUCUUUUCAUAAUACUAUCACAGACCACUAGCGGGUGCAGGGAUGUGUCAGUCGACUAAAAGUUACGGAGAUGAAUGAUUGUUGAAAAUGAGUUCAUAGUUUAGAUUUUUAAGAAGUUUAAAACGUUUUGUUUUUAUAUUUUGUUAAGAUAGACAGAUAUUAUAUGGCAAAACAAGUGAAGUGGAAAUAUACAUAUAUAGAAACAAAAACAGACUUCAUGCAAUGUAUGGGCAGCCGACUGACAACACUAUGCUCCCAAUUGUCCACCUCCCUCAUUUUCUUUGAACUAUGCAGAGACAGAAUCAGGAAAAAAGAAAGGUAUCAGGCUCCGAAAGGGGCCACUUGUUUAUAUUGAUGAAAUUGACAAUUCCAGUAUUUUAUCAGAGGAUUAAGGUCUUUCUUAAUUCCUUGACUUUGUCCCUGCAGAAGUAUAUUGGUCAUGCAGUCAAAUUACUGGAAAAUUAUUUCUCAUUAGUAACAUAAUGAAAUGUGAUAUGUAAUAUAGAUCAAGGUGUCAUUUACUGCAUGAUAAUCGUGCUUCUUUUGAAAAUGUUUUAUGAAAUCACUAUAAAGUAUACUAUUUAUCCUGUUUCUUCUUCAUAUUUAAGGAAGAAAUUUUUUAGUCUAUUUUGUGUCCACUUGUGUUUCCCUGCCUUCUGCUCUGGCCUCUUCAAAAUAAUGAAUAAUGGUGACCUCUUGCCUCUGCUCUUUUUCAGUGUGGAAUAUUCUGGUCUUUUCAAUUAUGUAAAAAUGAAGAAAUGCUUUCUAAAGAUAAUUCAAAUGUUAAGAAAUGGAGUACGUAGCGUCACCACAAAUUUCAUAAGGUAAAAGGGGAUGAAGUAUUUGAAAUUAUGAUGCACCAUUGGAUAUCAUCAUAUCAUAAUGACUCUGAUGGAGUAGUGACAUAAUACUUUCUACAGUAUAACUUUUCUACAGGGUUGCACUCAAGAAAAUUAAAACAGAUUAACGAGUAAGUACACACAUGGAGUACAUUUGCAUUUUAUCUGUAAUUUUGGAUUCAUGUCAUUUGACCAAAGUGCUGCUUAUCCUCCAAACAGGCUCUUAAUUUAUCCUUUAACAUGAUCAAUCAGUCGUAUUGUAUGUACGUAGUUGUUUAGGACAUGAAAAAAUUUAUUGAAUGAAAAUUUACAAAAAACAAUAAGACUGCACAUAAAAAUGAUUGACAUCUACAUUUGUGUGGAACAUUUGCCAAAAUUUGUUUUUGUGAUGCUCCCUCCCAAUGACCUUCCUUCUGAAUGUGCAUAAUACGUAGUAAUACCCAUAAAAUCUGAAUGUGCUUUAUGCGUGUAUCUUAGAGGUGUAUGUAUAUGGAAAUGUAUAUAUAUAUAUUACACCAGGUGAAUCAAGACUAGCCAAAAUCUAAUUUAGCAUACAGAAUAUUAACAUAUGCAGUAUACACAUGUGCUUGCAUACACACACACACACACACACACACACACACAUACACCUUUACACAUACUGAGCUUCUGCAUACUGCCAGGCCUUAUUGUUACAGGAUUUGGUGAUGAGCACCCCCAUAUGUUAUGGCACUCAAGUUUAUUACACCCAGAAAUGUAUAUUCCAACAGAGAUUCUUAUGGUAAUUCAAGAGAAUUAACUUUUUUAUCCACUGAAUUUAUCAGGUGAACUCAAGAUAUCUGCUGGGGAAAUAGGAGGCCUAAAUUUUUCCAAACAUUUUUAGAAUGGUAAAUUACACAACCUUAAACAAAAAACCUUUGUGUACCAAACGUGUGAUUCUGCAUAAUAAUAUCAUACUAUCCUUAGGGUGCUAAACGUUAAAAUGUUCGUAAGGAACCCAGUGAAUCGGUGAAAACAAGAGGUCUUACAGUAUACAACACACACAAAAUUGAUUGAGGCAAUCACAUUCAACGGGGUUAAUACUAGUUCAUCAGUCACUGCUCUCAUGAUUUUAUACCUUUUAUCAUUUUUUUAAAUAAUCUUUGUUCUGAAUCAGAGUCGUAAUCUGACUGUUGUCCUUUACCUUGGCACCAAUCUAGGGUGAGUCCAGCAUAUUUCUAACAACUCCAAGAUAACUCUGGUGAAUGAUGUUGAAAUGUAGAGAUGCAUUCAGAUGCAUAGCAUCACUUGAAUUUAACCAAAGUAACAUUUUUGUAGUGAUGGAAAAUUCUUGGUUGAAUCAGUACUCUCUAGUAAUAGAGUGAUCUUAAAUAAGGUUAUGUAUAAAACUUUAAGGCAAAGAAAGACUUAACUGUUUUGAUAUACUUCAGUGGCAGUUCUAUGUAGUUGUUCGAAAUAUCCUCGUCUCCCAUCUUUACUGAUGAGAUCUGUUCACUUGAUUAACCUGUGCUAAACUUUUUUGUCUUAUCUGGGCUCUGCUCUGCAAACCCGCCUUACUAAGUCUUGUUUUGUUGCAGAAGCAAUAAGGCAAAUAAAAAAAGUUGUAGAAGUUUUAAGAACUGCUUGUUAUGCAAAGUGGCUGAUGCCAUGAUGCAGAAAAUUUAAACGCAACAUGGAUUUCAGAUUUUUCUAAGCUACUGUACAUGUGAUAAAUGUUAUUAAUAGAGGAACUUUUUCUCUGGUGUAGUGUACAAAUCUUCAAGUUCUUUUCACAACAUAAGCGGAUGUAUUUAUUACGAAUCCUUCUGUCAGGCCAACCAAAAUAGUACUUGCGUGCUCACUCUGCGUCUCAAAAAGAUAAAUCUGAUUUGAAUAGAAUAAAAAAUAAAUUGGGAUAAGAGGGUUAGAAUUACAAGCAAAGAUUUGCAUAUUAUACCGUAGGUUUGCUUCCUCUGAAUUCAUGCUACCAUCCAGUGGCAUAGGGCUGGAGGUUCUGACUACAUUAUUUGUGAUGCUAAGUUAUCGCUCUAGCUGGACUAGAUCCUAAUUGGCUGAUGUAUCACAAGGUAAUGCUGCCAAGAAGAGAAAAGGCCACUGGCAUCUUUAUUUAGUUAGUCACAAUGUUGUUAGAAUGUUUGGCCUCUGUGCGUGUGUGUUGGUGCGCCAUCUCCUCAGGCCACUGCACAGCGGACUUGCGGCCUGGUUGGGGUUAAGAUUCUUAACAAAAUGACAAAAUUACUAAUGUACAUCCUCCAGGGAAGAACAAGUGUUCUGACUGCAUUUAUUUUUAUCAGUGAUUGGGAGAAAUACUACUGUGUCUAAUAGCUCUGUUAGAUGGAAUUGUUGAUAUUGUUAUAUACUGAAAUGCCACUUUGAAACUCUCAGCAAAAGAAAAAGGAAAUUUUGCUCUUAGUUUUAGCCCCAUCUAUGGUUGUUAUUGCGAGCCGAUCUCUUGUGUCCUGCUGUCGUGCCCUCGUCUCACUGAGCAUUUACUAAUCUCAUCUUGCCCUCUUCUCACUCUGUAGGAAUACAAACAAUCAAAAUAUUUUACACAUCUGAAGUUAGCAUUAAAGCUUACAUAAGAGAGAAUGAUUAUUUUAUCUAUGCAGAGUUUUGGGAAAGUAUGUAUGAUAUUCAUACUCAUUAAAUAGGAGGUCUUUUUGCUUUGUAUGGAAUGAACACUCUUGAAUAUUAUGUGAAAAAUGAUUCCAUUUCACAGGGUGCAGUUUCCUCUCAUGUUUAUCAAAAGAAAAAGAAAAAAAAAGAGCAAUGCAUGCACAGGCAAGUUGGACUCGUUUCACUUAGUCGUAUCAAAGGGUAUAUGUAACAACAAACACUUGAAGAAAUUGUUUUCUAAUUACGCGAUGCAAAAGUCUCUAUUAUAAUGACACGGGAAAUAUUGUAACUAAUUGGUACAAUGGAUGCAUAAUGUUCUUUGUAGCACAUUAAGGAAAUAUAUAUAUAUAUAUAUAUGAAGAUAUGGUUCUUUUUGAUGUUUGUAUAAGCAGCAUUACCUCAUGUAAUCAAGGUUAGUUAUUCACUAAGAAAGAAGGUGGAUAUUUAAUUUUAUAUAUACAUAUAUAUACGUACAUAUAGAUAUAUCUAUACACAGAUAUCUUGAGGAAAGGUUUUCGUGGGGCAGUGGACGGGACACAAGACAUGGGAUAACGUUGUGUUAAUGUUUGUUUAAUGUAAGGUAUAAACUUAUUACACUAUGGUUCAGAACUGUUUUUAUUUGAUGAAUAUUUGAAGCAAUAGAAUAAAUGCACCUCUGUUAAAA